GCUUGAUUCACACACUUUGAAUUGCGCGUUUAAUUUAACUUUACAUGUGAAUGAUUAUGCAUGUUAGGCUCAUGUAUUGAUUGUUGCUUCCCCUAGCUUGGUUAGGAAUAGAAUUUUGAAACUCCCAAUUAGUGUGAACACGUUAGGCGGUAAUUGAACAUGGUUAGAUACCGAAAGGGCACUAGUUGGUCGAUUAGUGUAACAAGUCCCCGUACCUAUUGAAUCUCUGGUUCGUGGAAGUGAAGCAUUUCUCCCAUGCUUUACUUAGGUGUCUAAUCGACCCACCAAAAACUGAUUAGUGGCGACUCCUAGAUGAAAUUGAUUUGAACGUUAAUCACUUAAAUCUUAAGUCGCGAGUUGGUAUGAGCUUGGGAGAGCUCGAGUUAGGUUUAACUUAGUAAUCCAUUAGCCAAACCCCUUAGGCGACGAGGCCGGUUCGGGGAGGUUGUGAUAGUUAAAAAUCUGCCUAUAUGGACACCGGAAGGCAAACGUGGUUUAAGUGAAAUAAAAAUGACGUUGUUUUAGCUGAAAAAUCAUUCGAUGGAAUCUUUAUGGAGAGUAAAUGUGUCACAGUAAGCGUAGUUUUGGGUUUUUGAUGUCACAAAAACAAAGUUUAGGGUAAAUAUAUCACGGUUGGCAUAGUUUGGAAUUUUUGGUGGCUUUUUCACUUAGAGAUUUUUGUAAUAACAUCAUUUUUAUGUGGUUCUUUUGAAUUACCAUUUCAACCAUCGUUUAAAAUACACGGUUACUAUUCAUUUUUAUGUGAGUCCCAUCCAACAUGAGAGAAUCGUUGCCGACCACAGUCGACUUCGGUCGGCAGUGGAAACAGAGGAGAGGGAGGUGGGCUCGAAAGAACUCAGAUAAUUUCUCUGUUUUUUUAGUUUUAAUACUACAAAAAAUUUAAAUCUAAUAAAUCUGUGCUAUAUUUAACUCAAAUUAAUUUUUGUGUUCCAAGAAUUAUAUUUUUCCAAGCGCUGACAGACUUUUCAUCAACGGGAACCGCAUGAUAUAACAGGCGCUGCAACUUAAGCCGAUUGACAUCACUGCUUCAACUUUCUAGGAAAGUGGAGAGUCUCGUUUGUAUUGUCCGUUUACUUUGUUGUUGAAAGACUGUAACCAGGAGAGCAACCCAAUGGCGACGCAACCAAGUGAAGAACAAGGAAAAUCGAAUCAUGCAGAACCAGCAGCAGAUAUUGAAGAUGUCUGUGUAAGCAUUGGAUCAGCUUCUUCUGAAUCCGGAGGUGCUCCAGAAAUAUCGAAAGAGGAAGUGGAUGGACAGUACUACCGACCAUUGUUGCAAGCUGCAUUCAAGGGUGAUUGGGAAUCUGCUAAAAGAUUUUUUGAACGAGAUUCAGCUUCAAAGAUGGCCAAAAUAACAAGCAGAUCAGAGACAGUGCUUCACAUAGCCGCUUUGAGUGCACAAGACCAAUUUUUGGAGAACCUGGUUGAGCUCUUGUCUCCAUGUCCGGAAGAACUUGAAAUGGUUGAUUGUGAUGGCCGCACAGCCCUCCACAAUGCUGUCCUGUGUGGAAGGCUAAGGAUGGUCAAGUUAUUAGUUAGAAGUAAUCCUAAGUUGACGCAACUUGCAGAUAAUGAAGGACGUGUUCCUUUGGGAAUAUCUGCUGUGGAAGCUUCUAUGCAUAACGAGAUUGCCUGGUUCCUGGCAAAAAAUACGACAGAUGAUGGGCCAAGUCAACCCUUCAGCAGUUCCUCUGUGAAUAAAACCAUUAUGGAUCUCACCUACAACGGUCAUCACGAUAUCACCCUUUAUCUAGUUGGGCGGUACCCUCACUUAAUUAACAUAAAAAGCGGAGGCUUCUCUAUACUGCACAAGUUGGCAAGGAUGGAGUCUCACUUUCCCAGCGGAACCAGGCUCGGUGUUUUGGAAAAAUUGAUAUACAAAUGUAUUUCGGUGGACUUGAACUACAAACCAACAGAUAAAAAUUCGGAUCCGGCGCUUCAACGUCCUGCAAGGUCACUUUGGAAUGCAGCCAAAAUUGUAGUUCCUAUAAAUAAGAGGAUUCACGAGGUGAAGCGACGACACAUGGCGGCCGUAGAGUUGGCAAAACAAGUUUGCAUCGCAAUCUCUCAUAGGAAAACUACCGAGAUCACCGAUUUUAUCCAAGAGAAUAAUCUAUUGGAUGAAGCUAUGGUCAGGGGAAUCAGUGAAAUUGUGAAGCUAUGUAUUCAGUUUUUCCCGGAGCUUAUUUGGAUUAAGCCUUAUGGUGUGAGGUUGACGACACGUGCUGUGACGUAUCGCCAAGAAAGGACUCUCAGGCUCUUUUUGAAGGUAAGCUCAACCAAUCAAUUGUCGUUAGUUCCCGGGCCUACAGAGGAAGAAUCAUCCGAAAUGCUGAGCGUAGUAGCAGAGUACGCGGCAAUAGAGUACUACCCUAAUUUCGAUGCGACAACUAACGUGGCGGGAGCAGCUUUUCAAAUGCAAAGAGAACUCCAAUGGUAUAAGGCUGUGGAAAGCUGGAUUGUCCCUAACGUGAGAACUGGCUACUACGAGCAUAAGACAUAUUGGAAUAGAUUCGUGGAGAACCACACAGAGUUGCUUAAGAAUGGAGAGAAAUGGGCGAAGGACACAGCAAAUUCAUGUAUGCUCGUCUCAACUCUAAUUGCCACAGUAUUGUUCGCUGCUGCUUUCACUGUGCCCGGAGGCAACAACGACAAAACUGGAGUCCCAUUGUUGUUAGGAAAGGACUCUCUCCUGAUUUUCGCAAUUUCGGAUGCGUUAGGUUUGUUCUCCUCCGUGACGGCCAUCUUGCUAUUCCUAGCCAUCUUAACUUCGCGGUAUGAGGCGCAAGAUUUUCUUGAAGCGUUGCCUAAGAAGAUCAUAAUGGGCCUUUGUUUUCUCUUCCUCUCCUUGGCUUUCAUGCUGGUGGCCUUCACUGCAACUCUCACAAUUGUGCUGGAUACGAGACUGGAGUGGGUUCUUAUCCCCAUUACUUUGCUGGCCUCUCUUCCGGUCGCUUUAUUCGUAGUACUACAGAUUCCCCUGCUCUACCAAAUGGUUAAAUCCACUUAUGGACCCAGCAUCUUUCGUGCCGAGAGCAAUUGA